GCGGGGCGCGGGGCAGCGGGCGUGGGGCGGCGGCGGCCCCGGCGGCUCUCCCACUAGGGGUAGCUGUUGCCUGAACGCCGAAGCGCUCCCCUCUCGCCGCUCUCCUCGCCCGGCGCAGCCCCGGCCGCCGGGCGCACCCGUCCCGUGCGUCCCCGGACGUUGCUCUCUGCCCCGGGAACGUCGAGACUGGAGCGCCCGAGCUGAGCCACCUUCGCCGACCCCGAGCGCGGCAGCUCGACUCACCGCGGAGGCUCCCGGACGCGUAAAAGACAGCUCUCGCGCCGGUGGCCGAGGUGGGGAGCUCGCUCGCUGGCUGGAUAGGGCGAGGGCGAAUCGCUCCCGGUGGCGGCGGCGAUGUUGGCGAGGGCGACGGUGAGGGAACGAGGCUGGAGAAGUCAACUGCCGGGCAAGGAGCCCCCACCCGGGGGCCAGCGGGACCCCGCGAGCGCGGGGGUAGGCGCCCCUCCUUGGGCCGAGGUCCUCCUCUCCAGUUUUGUCGACCCUAGUGGGCCCCUUUGCCGGGGUUCCAGAACAUUGGACAAGGUGAUCUGGCCCGUCUGGCUCCCACUGCCUCCCGUGCAGCUCCCAGGGACCAGGGAGAUGGUUGCUGAGACUUCCCACGGGAGCAGGCUGGGCAGCACGGCAGGAGGAGGUGGGCCAGCCACGUACUGGCCAAAAGUGGCGGAGAACCAGGUGUGUGGUGUCGGAGCCCUUGCCCACCCUCGUGGUGACUCAGCUGCCAGGGCCUCAGCCUUCCACGGGCCUCAGGAAUUCCCACGUGCUCCCUCUGUGCUCCCUCCAGGUGGCUCUCCUUCCCCCUCCUCCUCCACCCCUUCCCCCUCUGCCUGUGCUCUGCUUGCCCCACCCUCAGAGGGAGCUGGGACCUCCCUUGUCCUCCCCUGUGUCCUCACCCCUGGGCAUUCCCGCAGUGCUGAGCCUCAGGAGGGCUGGGCUGCGCCUUAGGUCCCCGCCCGUCCCUGCUGCUACUCU